AUGGACCCGCUCGCUGCCAAACUGAACGAGCUCGCAGUGGCAAACUCAGACGGUCUCCUCAACGACGAUGAGUACCGUAUCCUGAGGCAAAACCUCUUUGAACGCUACACAACGGGUGUUGACAUUAUCAGCUCUUCGCCACCAGUCGUGAAGUCCCCCCGACGAAAGCAUGUGGAGCUUAUGGACCCUACCCCUGCUCCAAGUCCCCGGCAGCAGCAACCGGUGGCCCGAUCCAAGAUGAGCGAAUUUCUUCGGCGCGCGACAGGCCGCAAAGCAGCAACCCCACCUUCCUCGCCAGUAAUUAAACUGAGCAUGCCCCGUCUUUUUUCCAAGAAACACGAAGAUGUCUCCUCAUCAGACACAGAGUCCUCCGUCCCUCGCACCAGCAGUGGCUCUAGGAGAACUCAGUCAUCUCGCAAGAUAUCAGGGUCAAUAUCGCUGUCACCGUCAUCACCCAAUUUCCGCAGCUCGCCCACCCGAUCCUAUUUCGACACGCUGCCUACUUCCCCGUCACGUUCAGCCUUUCCAGCGACACCCUCCAGAUACGACGUUGUGCCUGGCGGGAGUAAUGACAUUUUCGACGACGAGAAUCUUCACACAUCUGACGCCAUCCGCAAAGCCAUCUCAGCAGUCGAGGCAGACAGCAGACGGCUCGUAGCGGCAUUCAACGACCUCGAAACCAGUGCAGUCAUCCGCUAUCGGCAAGAACACCCCCACCGCAAUCGGUCUGGGUCGAGCUCCAAUCUCAACAGCACGCCUUCUCGCCGCCCACCCAUAAUAGCACACGGGAAUGUCAAUCACCAUCGCGCCCGUUCUAAUUCUCAGCGGAAUAUAGACGGCCAGUCUGUGCGAUCAAGCACUUCCCUUCGCACAACUAAAUCGACCGCGUCGUUGUUUGCCAGCAAACACAACAAUCCCACUCCGCCUCCUCCGUUGUCCCAAUCAACUCCUCCUUCGCAGUCUUCUUCGUGGGGCAACAGAAUAUCAGCCCUUCGUAGGAAAGGCUCGCUGUCAUCGCUCUCGUCUUCACAGCCCUCUUUCCUUAGCGUGGGACGGUCAAAUGGGCUCAGCAGGAGUAGCUCAAUCUCCCGAAGCACCUCCCAUCUCCCGCUGCCCCCUGUUCCGCCCUCGCCAGCUAGUCCAAAUGCGACCACAAUGAUGGAGCUUCUGAAAAGCCCUACCCCGGACGAGGGUGGCGAGGAACUUGCCGAUGUCAGGCGGCGGAGGACUGAGGUCGUUGGGCGGUGCGAGGCGCGACUGGAGUAUCUACGUGCCAAGCUCAAGACAGCAGAGUUGCACGAGAAACUGCUACGCAAGUGA